GUGAGUGCGGCGCAUUGUUACGCUCCUCUUGAACCUAUUGGAUCAAUUAGCUGCCUGGGACUAGCCGCAGAAGUCGCCUCUCAGUUGAAGCUAUGGCCACCAAAACUCCAAACGGUCGUGGUGAUCGCCUCCAGGUUUUCAGGGGGACCUUCAUUCACUCCACAGACACGUCCCCAUUGGAGAGUUUGGAUGCUUAUAUUGUGGGAGUCAACGAACUGGGAAAGAUCAUGUUCAUUGACACUGCAGAUAAAGAUGAAGAAUUGUCAGUGAAGUGGCGUUUCAAGAGAGAGACAAUCCGAGUGCUUCAGCCAAGGCAGGAAUUCUUUAUCCCAGGACUGGUUGACACCCACAUCCAUGCCUCCCAAUAUCCCAAAAUGGGAUCUUGCCUGGAUCUGCCACUUCUUCAAUGGUUAAUCAAAUAUACCUUCCCUGUUGAAGCCAGAUUUAAAGACCUGAAGUUUGCAGAGGAUAUGUAUACCAAAGUAGUGAAAAGGACACUGAGAAAUGGUACAACUACUGCAUGUUACUUUGCAACCAUCCACACUGACUCAUCAUUAAAGCUUUGUGACGUCAUUGAUAAAUUUGGUCAGCGAGCUUUUGUGGGAAAAGUUUGCAUGGACAUUAAUGACAUUUAUACUGAGUACAAAGAAACAACAAAUGAAUCAGUAAAGGAAACAGAAAGAUUUGUUGCUGAACUUGCCAAACGGAAGUAUCCUCUGGUGAGGCCCAUUGUGACCCCUCGAUUUGUGCCCUCCUGCACUUCUGAGUUAUUGAAACAACUGGGGUCAUUUGCAAAUGCCAAUGACUUGCACAUUCAGAGUCAUAUCAGUGAGGCUCGGCCUGAAAUUGAUGUCGUGAACAAUAUGUUUCUAAACUGCAAGAAUUAUUCUGAUGUUUAUGAUGUCCACGGUCUUCUGAAUGAUAAAACUAUCAUGGCUCAUGGUGUCUACCUCUCUGAUGAGGAGCUUGAACUCUUCCAGAAGAAAGGAGCAGGCAUUGCGCACUGUCCAAAUUCUAAUACAUCACUGUGCAGUGGCUUAAUGAACGUGCGAAAUGCUCUGAAUCACAAAGUAAACGUGGGACUGGGAACAGAUGUUUCAGGUGGUUACUCGCCUUCAGUGCUUGAUGCUGUGCGGAGAGCGAUUGAUGUGUCCAAUAUUCUGAGCUUAAACACUCCAGGUUAUGAGAAGCUUUCAUACAAGGAAGUGUUCAGACUUGCAACCCUUGGUGGCAGUAAAGCUUUGGGCCUCGAUAAACUGAUAGGAAACUUUGAGGUGGGAAAGGAUUUCGAUGCUGUUCUGAUCAACACAAGCGUCCCAAAUUCUCCGUUUGAAGUGUUCCCCGAGGACACCCUGAUGGAUAUCUUUCAGAAGUUCCUGUUCUUAGGAGAUGACCGGAACAUAUCAGAGGUGUACGUGGCUGGCAAGCAAGUGUUUCCUUUCGCCAAAUCCUAGUUUAAUGAUCGCAGCUCACAUAGUGCACAACGACGUGAAGCCUCCGGUAUAAAAGGUGCCUUCGUGCUGCCCACAGACACUGGCUUGCUUUUUUAGCUGAGGUUAAGAAAUAAGGUUAAGGUUUCAAAUGACAAUUUCUUCCAGCCAUGCUAAUUCACAUUUGCACCUUGGGUUUGGGGCUCAGCAGAGUUUCAGCUGUAACAUUUGUCCUUGGCUUGUCUGGGUUAUUUGCUCCUUCCAUUUGGUUUCCUGACUGGGGUUCACAUCACCCUUGGAACUGGGAGCAGAACAGCUAUGGCAUUCCGUAAUCCAGGACUAUGAGCUCAGUAUUCCCUAAUUCCAGGACUGUGAGCUCGGUAUUCCCUAAUUCCAGGACUGAGAGCUCAGCAUUCCCUAAUCCAUGUUGUUGAGUCCAAUCACCGUCCCCAAGGACUGCCUUGGGUAAGAAGAGCUGUCUCAGGACUGAAGGAUGUAGCACGAACAUUCGCAGAGCCAGAGAGUGAAACGGCACAGAAAGAGGCUGUUCAGCCCAUUCUCCCUUUAAAAGAAACAAAUUAAACACACUUCCUCUUUCCCUUCAGUCUUGUAAUUUUCUUUUCAGUAUUAAGAGUAUGAGAAAUAGGAGUAGUUGGAAACUGUACAACCCCUGGAACUCCCACAUUCACUUAGAUUGUAGAGUCAUAAAUAGAUAGAGCACAGAAAUGGACCCUUUUUUCUUUUGCACUAUCUUGAUGUACUUGUGUAUGAAAAGGUCUGCCUGGAUGGCAUGCAAACAAGUCCGUUCCAACCCAUGGCUGAUUCUCAAGUCCCCUUUCCGAUCAUUCUCGUAUCCUACAUUUCCUUCACUGUCAAAAAAUCUAUUGAUCCCAUCCCCGACUGUACUCAACAACUGAGCAUCUGGAGCUUUCUGAGGCAGAGUUCCAAAUCCUCUUAUCGAAGAACUUUCUCCUCCUCUCAGUCAUAAGUAUGGCCAAUCCCUUACUCCAAGACCAUGCCCCUAGUUCUAGACUCUCCAGCCUGAGAGAACUUCUACUCAACAUCUGCACUAUCAGGAUGUUAUUGCUUUAUUUAUCAUUUUAUAAUUCUGUUUUAAAGGCAGUUAAAUCUGCUUCCACCACCCUUUCAGGCAACUAUUUCCAGAUCACAACUUGCUCCACAAAUCAAUAUUCUCCUCACCUCCUCAUGCACCUUUUUUUUGUUUAUUGGUUUACUAUUGUCACAUGUACCAAGAUACAGUGAAUUUCACGUCUUGUAUCAGUCGUAAUGAAUCUGAUUCUCAGGCUUUUGUUUGCAUGCCAUCCAGGCAGAUCUUUCCAUACAUAAGUACAUCAAGGUAGUGCAAAAGAAAAAAAACAGAAUGCAGAAUAUAGUGUUGCAGUUACAGAGAGAGUGCAGUGCGGGUAGACAAGGGGAUCCUCAGGGUAGGGGAAUCAAGAACUAGAGGGCAUUGGUUUAAGAUGAGAGGGGAAAGAUUUAAUAGGGACCUGAGGGGCAAC